AUGGAUGGUAAUGAGGAUGUAUUGGCGAGAGUGUCGAUGGUUAAUAUGAAUGGUGAAUGUAUUUAUGAUAAGUAUGUCAAGCCGAAACAAUUCAUCACUGAUUAUCGCAGUCAAGUGAGUGGUAUAAGGCCAUCGUCACUCGUAAAUGGUGAGUCUUUUGAAAAAGUUCAACAAGAGGUUCACAAAUUAUUGGCCGAUAAAAUUGUUGUUGGUCAUGCGCUUCAGAAUGACUUCAGGGUGCUCAAUCUAUCACACACACGUAAAAUGACUCGAGAUACAUCCAAAUAUAUGCCCUUUCGACAGAUGGCUAACGUCAAGAAGACGCCAUCAUUGAAACUACUGGCGAAGCAUGUUCUCGGUAUUGAUAUUCAAAUGGGAGAGCAUGAUUCGAUAGUAGAUGCACGAGUUGCGAUGCGCAUGUAUACGUUACAUAAGAAGAAGUGGGAAGCUGAUAUUCGCAGAUUCAAGUAG